AAGAUCUCCAAUCUACCAGUCAAAAUCACCUCUUCCUAUUCUUCAAGCUAGAAGAUGUCACUUCUUCGAGCCAUCCUGGUUUUCGUCAUGGUGUUUCAGAUAGCGAGCUGCGACAUAUGGGAAGACACCUUCAAUAGAGUCGGUUGCAAAGGCCAGUACGACAAGUACAAGAUGGCGCACUUGGAGCGAAUCUGUGACGAGUGCUACGAACUCUACAAAGAGCAGGACAUACAUCUCGACUGCAGGAGUCACUGUUUUGGAAGCGGGACCUUUUUCAAGUGCUUGGAAAUGGUUGCAUUGAGUGAACUACGAAAACAGCAGGUGAUGCACUCAUGGGACAUUCUCCGACGAGUGAAUUAAAGCAAAGUUGCAGACCAAAGUAUUCCACGGAUAUUGUAAUCUCUAAUCUAAUGAAACUUAAAAAAAAAAAUCCUCCUUUAAAAAAAAUAGAAGGAGCUCCUAUCUAUAACAUGAUUGAAU